AUGAGUUUGAACACUACUGAGCCUCCUAACUGGGCAGACUUUAUCGCAUUUCUUGAAAAAAGAUGUCAGGUUCUUGAAAACACAAUAUUUGGCUAUAUUAUCAGCAGUAAAAUUGAUAGCAUUACGAAACAAGAAGAUUCAGCAUAUUGUGGGUUAAUCCAAGAAUUGGACGAUUUGAAUCAAAGCAUAAAGAAUUUUUGGGAAAUUGAAAGGAUAGACGAAGAUAAACCUGUGAAGAGUCCAGAAGAAUUAUUAUGCGAAAAUCAUUUCUUAAGCACACAUUCUAGAGAUGAAAAUGGAAGGUAUGUGGUUCAGAUGCCUAUGAAGAGCGAAGGACAUUUACGUCUAGGAAAUUCUAAAGAUACCGCAUUAAAGAGAUUAAAUUCGUUAUGGAGCAAACUGCUGAAGGAACCAAAAUUACUAUCCUUGUAUCAAGAAUUUCUCAAGGAAUAUGAAGCUUUAGGCCAUAUGGAAGAAGUACACAAAGAUGUAAACUUGGAACCAUCAUAUUAUAUUCCGCAUCAUGGAAUAUAUCAUCCAGACAAGAGUUCGACAAAAUUGAGAGUGGUAUUUGACGCUUCUGCGAAGACAUCAAGUGGUACAUCUUUAAAUGAGCAGUUACUGAAUGGAGGCAUAGUACAGGAAGAUUUGUUUUCCAUCAUGAUAAGGUUCAGGAAACACACUUUCGCAUUCAUUGCUGAUAUAAAGAAACUGUAUCGUCAAAUUGUAAUAGAUCCAGACCAGAGGAAAUUUCAAUGA